AUAAUGUUUUGGGCCACAUUUUUACCCCUUCUAGUGGGGUUAGCUGCAGCUAAAGACACUUACGUUGUAAUAGCACCUAAAGACGUCCGACCGGGUGUUCCUUUAAACAUGAGCGUGAACAUCCUCCACGCUACGGGUGACGUACUGGUCACAGCUAAACUCGAACAUGUAUCCACUGGAUCUGUUGUAGCCUCUUCGUCCGCUUCAUUCCAACAACAUGUUCCUGGCACGCUGCAAAUAUCGGUUCCAGAUACGAUUAAAAGUGGGUCAUAUCAACUCACCGUCGAAGGUUCAAAUGGUCUCCAUUUCUCGGACAAAACAAACCUUCAUUAUGAAGCCAAGGGCAUGUCCGUCUUUAUACAGACAGAUAAAGCUAUGUACAAACCAGGACAAACAGUCAAUUUCCGAGGAUUUGCAAUAUAUCCCAACCUGACAGUUCACCUUGGACCUAUGGACAUUGAAAUCUAUGACCCCAACAGCAAUAAGAUCAAGCAAUGGUUGAAUGUUCAAGAUUCUACCGGAGUAAUUACUAAUUACAUGAUAAUGGAUACCAAGCCGGUACUGGGAGACUGGAAAAUACGGAUCAAGACAAACGGUGUGACUAAAGACAAGAUGUUCACGGUCGCUGAGUAUGUAUUACCGAAAUUUGAAGUGACCGUUGAUUUGCCUUCGUACGGGUUGUCUACGGCAACAGAAAUAAAAGGAACGGUGAAGGCAAAAUAUACCUAUGGAAAGCCAGUGAACGGAACUGUGACACUCAGUGCUCAUGUUGACUUUUACCACUCAACAUACUACCAUUCUGCACCUGUCCCUUCCGUCAAACUAUCCAUGGAUAUCAACGGUGAAGCUAAGUUUACGCUACCUGUUUCGGGCCUGACCAGUACUUCCUACUAUUCCUCACUGACCAACCAUAAAGUCAUUGUAGAGGCCAAUGUUACAGAGAGUCUCACUCAAAUUACUCUGAGUGGAUCAACUGAUAUGUCCUUCUACUCUCAUGCCGAGAAGAUUGAGCUCCUUCCCUCUAACCCGACGACAUUUAAGCCAGGUCUUCAGUACAUCGCAUAUGCUAAAGUUGUCCAACAAGAUGACUCACCUCUGGAAUCUGCCACGACAUCGUCGCUGAUUGUUCAAACGCGUGUUACAGCUAACCUACCGGAAACUACUACAUUACCCUUUUACUACGGCCAACGUACAACGAGUUAUCAACUUCACGAUCAGAGUUUCACACUCACAGACACAGGGCUUGUCCAAGCGAAGAUUGAUAUUCCACACAAUGCAACCAGUAUUUCCUUGACAUUUAAAUAUGGUUCUAUUUCAACAUACAAAAGCGUGGAAAGAAGUUACUCGCCUUCAGACAGUUACAUGCAGAUAUUCCUUGAGUCAAAUAACCUUAGGGCUGGUCAUGACAGAGUUGUUGAUUUCCGGGUAGUAUCCACUUCAGCUAUCGACAGAUUAGUUUAUCAGGUGCUGGGUCGAGGCAGUAUUGCUCUAUCGGGAUCAAUUGAUGGAAACAACGCUACGGCAUUCCCAUUCCAAGUGCCAUUGAAUUCUAAGAUGGCACCUAAUGCGAGGAUCGUUGCCUACUACGUCAGAGCAAAUGGAGAAAUCGUCACAGACAGUAUUAGCUUUGAUGUGUCUGGAACUUUUGAAAACGAGGUGUCUAUCCGUUUCGACAAAUCGAAAGCCCAGCCUGGUGAGGGUAUCAACGUCGACGUCUCUGCGGACCCUAGUUCCAUCGUUAAUUUACUAGCUGUUGAUCAGAGUGUGCUUCUCCUCAGGAGCGGAAAUGACAUCACCCCUGCUGAGGUUGUUGAUGAAUUGAAGUCCUAUGAUACCAUUGUACAUUCAAACAAUGGCGGUAUUGGAUUAUUUGGAGGAGGUGGACCUAUGCUCUUGGGCAGGAAGAAGCGGAUGAUAUGGUGGCCUUUUACCACUUAUUAUGGUGGAUCAGACGCACAACAGAUAUUUCAGAAUGCUGGAGUGAAGAUCCUUACUGAUGCUUUGGUAUAUCAUCACGUGGUGCAACCGCAAUACUACCCCGGAUUCGGACCCGGAACCGGUGGCGGUUUUGCUGGUGCUGGAGGUGCUUUCCCACAGAUGGCUGGAGGGGCAUUGAAUGGUAUAGCUCCAGCUAUGGGAGCCUCAGCUGGUGCUUUUGUGCCUAAUGGUCCGUCGCCUGGUAGCAUGGGAGGAACUUCCGUGUUGAAAGAGGUGGAGACGAUUCGCUCCGAUUUCCCAGAAACAUGGCUAUGGCUCAAUAAUACUGUCGGACCUGACGGCCAUGUCACUAUCGCUGCCACAAUUCCGGAUACGAUAACGUCAUGGGUUGCUAGUGCUUUUGCUGUCAACACCAAGAGUGGCUUAGGAAUCGCACCAACAAGUGCAAAGGUUGAAGCCUUCAGACCUUUCUUUGUGAGCCUUACAUUACCUUACUCUGUUGUGAGAGGAGAGCAACUUGUGCUGCAGGCUAAUGUCUUUAACUACAUGACCAUGGAUAUGGAUGUUGUUGUCACAUUAGAAAAGAGCAAUGACUUGGUGAAUGUUGUAUUCGAUCAACAAGGCACAGAAACAUAUAUCUCCCAGACAACAACAAAGACUGUACACGUGACAGCCGGUGGAUCAAAGUCUGUAUUUUUCCCUGUGGUCCCUUCUGGUCUUGGAACAGCAAGUAUAAAUGUCAAGGCACAGUCUACUCUGGCGGCCGACGCUGUUAGGCGACAGCUUCUUAUUGAGCCUGAAGGUGUUCCAAAAGAGUACAACAUACCGAUGCUGGUUGACCUGAAACACAACACCCACUUUGCUGAGACAGUUGACGUCACACUACCAGCUGGAGUCGUAGCUGGUUCGCAGAGAGUACGAGUGUCUGCAAUUGGCGAUUUAAUGGGACCAACGGUUAAUGGGCUGGACAAACUUUUGCGCAUGCCCACCGGAUGUGGAGAACAGACUAUGUUGGGUUUCGCACCUGAUGUAUUUGUAACAAACUACCUCACUGAUACGCACCAACUGACAUCAAGCAUUGAGGAGAAAGCGAUCACUUUUAUGGAGAAAGGAUACCAACGUGAACUGACUUUUCAACACAAGGAUGGGUCGUUCAGCGCUUUUGGAGACAGUGACGCCUCUGGAAGCAUGUGGCUAACUGCGUUUGUCAUAAAGUCCUUCCACCAGGCGAAACGUCACAUCUUCAUCGACGAUGACGUCUUAACCAGGCCCAUCGACUGGAUCAUAAAUCGUCAGACCGCCAAUGGCUCUUUCCCAGAACCUGGUCGCAUCAUUCAUAAGAAUAUGCAGGGUGGAUCAGCCUCAGGCGCGUCCCUGACAGCAUUCGUCCUCAUUGCCUUACUGGAAAAUAGUGACUUGCCAGGUAGUGUGCACAUGAGAAUACAGUCGGCAGCCAGUAAAGCCCAGACAUAUCUAGAGGCAGAAAUAGCCCACAUGACAGAUCCUUAUGGCCUAUCAAUUUGCAGCUAUGCUUUAACAUUGGCGAAAAGUUCAGCAUCUGCAACAGUUUUCCAAAAACUCAUGACCUCUGCAAUCACGAAAGACGGUAUGAGCCAUUGGCAUGAACCAGAAUCAGCCGCAGCUCCUCAUACUGGCAACUACUGGUCACCGCCCCAUCAACAGUCCAAGCCCGUGGAUAUUGAGAUGACGUCAUAUGGUCUGCUGGUUUUUGCUCAAAACAGUCAGUUUACAGAAGGACUUCAAUUCAUGAAAUGGAUUUCAAAGCAGAGAAACCCAAAUGGUGGAUUUUCGUCCACUCAGGACACUGUGAUAGCACUACAAUCCCUCUCUGAAUUCGCUCGUAUUGGCUUUUCUGAACACUUCAACAUGCACAUCGGAAUCACAGCCGGACAAGUUACACACACGUUCAAUGUAACAAGACAGAACGCACUGGUUCUUCAAUCCUUAGAACUUCCAUCAAUACCAAGCCAAGUGACUGUAACCGGAUCCGGAAGUGGAAUGGGCUUAGUCGAGGUGUCUGUUUUCUUCAACGUUGAGCAAGAGGUCGAAGCCCCAUCGUUUGAGGUUGAUGUAACUAUCAUCGAAGAAUCACUCAACUCUCUAAAGGUCCGCUCCUGCACAAAAUGGCUUAAGUCUGGAGCCAGUGGAAUGGCCGUACAGGAACUUGGUGUUCCAACCGGUUUUGCCCCUGAUGUGGAGAGCAUCGAAAAACUCCCUACUCUAAAAAAGACCGAGACGGAAAAUCGCAAAGUCAUUCUGUAUUUCGACGAGAUUACAACUUCUCCCCUGUGUGUGACUAUGGACGCCAUCAGGACGGACCAGGUCGCCAAGUCCAAGCCUGCUCCAAUCAGAGUAUAUGACUACUAUGAGCCAAGUAACCAGGUGACUAAGUUCUAUGAAUCAACAGUCCUGAAGAACUCUGGUGUAUGUGAUGUUUGUAAGGAAUGUGGAUGUCCAGGAAAUCGUUAGAUUGGAAGACCAGCUGAAUCUGAACAGAAAUUUUAUAUGAUAAGUAGAUAUCGCUUUUAUAUUGUUUCUCCUGUAA